GUAGGUAUGUUAUGCGGCGCCGUGCACGGUGCAACCAAAUUCGCCGUCUAGUUCCGAGGUUCGUAAGAUGUAAGACCCCACAAAGACGACGGGAUCCGGAUGGGGUCUAACGUUUAAAUCGGAGCCAACAAUUAUGCCGAGGUGUUGGUCUGGUUGGGUUAAUUGUAUUAUAUGUUAUAAAAUUGGCUAUAUGCGGUAGAGAAGGCUUAAGGUCAACUACCGAAUCAGAGUAGUAACCUACCUAGAUAUAACCCAUGGCGUUAGUCUAGACCAAGUCGCCCGGGUGAAAACAUCGGGUUAUGUAGAGUAUAAAUGAUGCCAUCGAUAUGAUACUUGAAGCUUCCGGAUUACCGAAACACCUUGACAUAGCUUCCCUUCCUCAUUUCACCUCUCGCAACCCUUUGAAAGGAACCCAACACCACCAAUUCCUUGAGCUCAAAUCGCUAUAAUGGCAGCACCGCAUCGAGUUCUCCUUACGGGAGCGAACGGCUAUAUUGCGCAGCAUGUUCUGUCGCAACUUCUUGAAGCGGGGUUCUCGGUACGCGCCGUCGCUCGUUCGGAGUCUAAGAUUGACGUUCUCAAAAAGAGCUUCAGCAAAUAUGUGGACACGCCGCAACUAGACUUUGGUGUCGUACCCGACAUCACUGUUCCCGGCGCCUUCGACGACGUCUUGGUAUCUAACCCUCCGUUCGACAUCGUCCUCCAUACGGCUUCGCCUUUCUUCAUCAGGGCGGUCAAGAGCAUCGACUUUUUAGACCCAGCCAUUAAAGGCACAACAGAAAUUCUGUCGGGCAUAACCCGCGUGGCACCAAGCGUUAAGCGGGUCGUCGUCACAUCGUCGUUCGCUGCUAUUGGAGAUGUAGCUGCGAACCCAAUCGCAAACCCCCAAAGAAUCUAUACAAGAGAUGAUUGGAACCCUACGACGUUUGAACAAGCGUUAGCAACGGAUAACCCGAACGUAACAUACCCGGCUAGUAAAGCGCUCGCGGAGAAGGCGGCGUGGGAUUUUGUGAAAGAGGGCAAAGGCAACUUUGAGUUGGUGACAUUAAACCCGCCCGGCGUCUACGGGCCACUCUUUGACGCCUCUCAAAUUGCGAAGCCAGAAGACCUCAACACAAGCACAAGUUUAAUUUAUCAGUCUUUGCUGAGGCCUGGUUUGAAGUCGACUGAUCCCGUUCCUCCUACAUUCUUAUAUUUUUGGGUUGACGUACGCGACCUUGCACAGGCCCACGUACUGGCUGCCACUAAACCAGAGGCUGCAAACAAGCGAUGGUUUGUCGUUGCAGGCGAUUUAAGUUAUCAGGAAAUGGCCAACUAUCUGCGCGAGGCGUUGCCAGAGAAGCGAGACGUGAUACCCGUAGGCGAGCCGGAGAAGACGCAGAAACCAGAGGGAUUCUACGGAGCAAGCGCCCCUGAAACCGAACAGGUACUGGGUGUAAAGUAUAGAUCGGCUGCAGAGUCAAUCAAGGAUCUAGCGCCGCAGCUAGUCGAGAUCGAGAAGAGAGCGGCAGCUUCAUCCUCGUGAGUCAAAGUGUCAAGGUGUCAAGGUGUCAAGGUGUCAAGGUGUCAAGAU